AUGGCUUCCGUGGCAAGCAAUUGGAUGCAGUCGAUACGAUUGGCGGCGCAGAGUGCGUCGUCGUCGCUGUCGUGGCCGUCGUCGCUGCACAGGGUCUACAGGACAGGAGCCGUUGUCAGAGCUGCGGCUCAGCGGGUGCCAACGGCAUCAGGACGCUUCUACAGCCUCAGCGCUGGGAGGCAGCAGUCGUCGGCUAUAUUAUCCCGUCAGCGUCCCUCGUCUGCCCUUUCGAUAGCUCGCUCCCUCCAGGCUGGCUCGAAAUCUCAACAUCUACACACCAGCCAGACUCAACACUGCUCUUUCCGCCGAAACAACAUGUGCAGAACUCAGUCCGGCCUCGUCCACGGCGGCGUCAAGGAGGACCCGACCAAGGGUCGCGAGCUCCUCCCCGCCAAUGUCGUCCCUACGCACUACGACCUGACCCUCGAGCCCGACUUCACCAACUUCAAGUAUGAUGGUACUGUCACUGUCGACCUCGAUGUUGCCGAGGACUCGAGCUCCAUCUCCCUUCACACCCUCGAGAUCACCAUCCACUCUAGCAAGAUUACCGCCAAUGGCCAGCUUGUCAGCGACAACGCCACCGUCACCACCGACGAGAAGAAGCAAGUCACCAAGUUUGACUUCCAGGGCACCCUCGCCAAGGGCUCCAAGGCCCAGCUCGAGAUCAAGUUCACCGGUAUCCUCAACGACAAGAUGGCAGGUUUCUACCGCUCUACUUUCAAGAACAAGGAUGGCUCCGAGGGUGUUCUCGCCGUCACCCAAAUGGAGCCCACAGAUGCCCGCAGAGCCUUUCCUUGCUUCGACGAGCCUUCCCUGAAGGCCAAAUUCACCGUCCAUCUCAUCGCCGACAAGCACCUGACCUGUCUCAGCAACAUGGACGUCAAGAACGAGACCGAGGUCGGCGCCAAGAAGGCUGUUCACUUCAACACAUCCCCUCUCAUGUCCACCUACCUGCUCGCAUUUGUCGUCGGUGAGCUCAACUACAUUGAGACAACCGCUCACCGCAUCCCCAUUCGUGUCUACGCCCCCCCUAGCGAGGACAUUGAGCACGGCCGCUUCUCCCUCGACCUCGCUGCCAAGACCCUGCCUUUCUACGAAAAGACCUUUGGCAUCGACUUCCCUCUUCCCAAGAUGGACCAGGUCGCCAUUCCCGACUUCUCCGCCGGUGCCAUGGAGAACUGGGGCCUCGUUACCUACCGCGUCGUUGACCUUUUGCUUGACGAGAAGGAGACCAGCGUCAACACCAAGAUCCGAGUUGCCGAAGUUGUUCAGCACGAGCUCGCCCAUCAGUGGUUCGGUAACCUCGUCACCAUGGACUGGUGGGAUGGUCUCUGGCUCAAUGAGGGCUUCGCCACCUGGGUCUCCUGGUACUCUUCCAAUGCCUUCUUCCCCGAGUGGAAGGUCUGGGAGGAGUAUGUCGUCGACAACCUGCAGUCCGCUCUGGGACUUGAUUCUCUUCGCAGCAGCCACCCGGUCGAGGUCCCUGUCAAGUGCGCUGAUGAGAUUGCGCAGAUUUUCGACUCCAUUUCCUACUCCAAGGGUUCUGCUGUUCUUCGCAUGAUUUCCACCUACCUUGGCGAGGACAAGUUUCUCGAGGGUGUUCGCCAGUACCUGAAGAAGCACGCGUACGGCAACACCGAGACUGGUGACCUCUGGGCCUCGCUGGCUGCUGCUAGCGGCAAACCUGUUUCCGAGGUCAUGGGUGUUUGGACCAAAGAGAUGGGAUAUCCUGUCGUCACCGUCACCGAGAACGGCUCUACAGCUGAGGUAACCCAGAACCGAUUCCUCCGCACAGGCGACGUCAAACCCGAGGAGGACAAGGUCCUCUACCCCGUCUUCCUGGGUCUCCGUACCAAGGAUGGUGUUGAGAAUGCCGCAACUCUCACUGGGAGAACGACCCAGUUCGAUAUUCCUGCGGAUGAUUUCUUCAAGCUGAAUGCCAACCACACCAGCCUGUACCGCACAGCUUAUUCGCCCGAGCGACUACGCAAGCUGGGUGAGGCGGCCAAGGCAGGCCUUCUUACUGUUGAGGACAGAGCUGGCAUGAUUGCCGACGCCGCCUCGCUGGCCAUUGCCGGCUACCAAAAGUCCAGCGGCAUUCUGAACUUGCUCAAGGGCUUUGACUCUGAGACCGAGUAUGUUGUCUGGAGCGAGAUUCUGGGCCGACUGUCAGGCAUUGAAGGUGCCUGGCUCUUCGAGGACAAGGUCGUUCGUGAUGGUCUGAAGAAGUUCCGCAGAGGACUCGUCAGCCCCAAGGCGCAUGCCCUGGGCUGGGAGUUCAAGGAGACUGAUACCCACAACGAAGAGCAGUUCAAGACUCUGAUGUUCGCUUCUGCCGGAGGCAGCGGCGACGAGAAGAUCAUCCAAGCUGCCCAGGAUAUGUUCGCCAAGUACGUCACCGGGGACAAGACGGCUAUCCACCCCAACCUGCGUGCUUCUGUCUUCACUUUGAAUUUGAAGCACGGAGGUGCAAAGGAGUUCGACCAGCUGGUUGAGGUCUACCGAACCUCCAGCAACAGCAACGAGCGCAAUACGAUUCUGAGAUGUUUCGGCCGUGUCGAGGAUCCCGAGGUCAUCAAGCGUGGCUUGGCUAUGGUCUUUGGCCCUGAUAUCAGGAACCAGGACUGCACAUCAGCUCUUGGAGGCUUCCGCGCCCACCCUCGAGGAAUCGAGGCCAUCUUUGAGUAUCUCACCAGCAACUGGGACCUAAUCCUGAAGAAUAUUGGUGACAACCCAUCGCUGCUCGGUGGUCUUGUUGGCGUUACUACCGGUGGUGCCACCAAGGCUGAGCAGCUAGCCAAGAUCGAGGCCUUCUUUGCCGACAAGGACACGAGCGCCUUUGACCAGACUCUCAACCAGAUGAAGGAUAUCAUCCGCGCCAGAAUCGCUUGGAUCGAGCGUGAUGGCGAAGAUGUCGCGGCGUGGGUUAAGGAGAACGGAUACCUUUCUUAA